GACGACUUGGACGAUUUGUUGGAUGAGUUUGACGAGCAGGUCUUGAGCAAGCCGCCCGGCGCACUGGUGGCGGAGAGCCAGGAUGGGCUUGCGGCAGAAACCGACAAGAAUGCAAGCGCCACCCUCAAUGAUGAGUUCAAGCAUAACAUCGAGGAUUUAAUCAAGGAUCUCAACAUCGAGGACCCCGAGGCCAAGACGCAGUUCGAGCAAUUAGUCAAGCAAUUCGAAGAAUCGCACAUGGAGGAGGCCAAGAACGCACAGACGCCUCAGAACUUCGACAACGUCAUGAAGGACACGAUGGAGCGCUUGAAGAAGUCAGGGGAGAGUAUCGAUGAACAAAUGAAAAAAGACCCAUCUGCCGGAAAUCCGGAAGACAUGCUCACCCAGUUGUUGGCAGGCUUGGGUGAUGGCUCUGCGGGGGACGGCGAUCUUGAUAUGUCCAAGCUCUUGACAGACAUGUUGGAUCAAUUGUCGUCGAAGGAGGUUCUUUACGAACCCAUAAGGGAUUUGAACGCGAAGUUCCCGGAAUACCUAAAGGAGAAUGAGGGGAAGAUCUCUGCCGAAGAUCAUACAAACUACACCAAGCAGUACGAGGUUACGAAGGAAAUAUUGGCGGUUUUCGAUGCUCCGGGAUAUGACAACAAUAACCUGCAGCACAGGGAUAACGUCAACUCCUUGCUAGAAUCAUUGCAGGAGCUAGGGAACCCUCCUACAGAACUAGUUGGUGACGAAAAUGACUUCCCAGGGUUCGGCGGUGGCACCGGUGCCAGUUCUGGUUUGGACUUUGAUUCAAACGACUUGCCGAAGGACUUCGAAAAUAAUUUGGAAGAAGGAUGCAAGCAAACGUAA